CGAUAAGGAGAAGGACGAGCACGAGGUUCACUUUUCGGAUGCAAGAAUUUUUGGACGAGCAGAACAUGGCGAUUUGGAUUUUCAGCUUUUGCUUUGCCGAUUCCGAUCUAGUUUCUGUAUUGCUAUUGAAAAUAAACAGCAGGGACAGUACUUGGUAAAAGGAAGUAGAUCUAGAUUCAAAAAACCUUCUGAAGACCUGUUACCCGUUCAAAACUAGAUUUAUUUCUUCGUACCGAAGUGCAGAAGCAGCAUCACUUGCUUAAGACUAGUCAUGCCUGCCGGUAGCUACGACGGGUUUUGGCUCCACCCAGCAGUGGAGCUGCGGGACAAUGUGCUGGACAAGGACGGCGGGCGCGGAGUGUUUGUCAAGCGAGAUCUUCUCGAAGGGCAACAGGAACUGCAGGUGGGAACGUUAGUCCUUGCGGAAACAACGCUCCUACACGCGACCAGCUACGAAAAGCUGGUGCAGAGCAUGAACCGAGUCGCGUCUUCUACUACUACUCCUGCUUCGAGCGACAGUGCAAGGACUGGUGAAGGUGGUGAUGUCAUUUCGCAAAAGCGUCCCUUGCUUGAGGCGUUGCACCCGGUCGGGAAGGGCCGGCACCAGGAAAAAAUUAGCCACAACUGGCAUCAGGCCGACAAUUUGCUCAGCAUUUCGAGUGGCGAAAUCGACAAACGCAGAUGGCGGAACGGCGCUGGCAGAUUCGCGCGAGAGAUCGAAGCCAUCGAGGAGAAACAGAAAAGUGGAUCUUCGCAGAUAAAUCCGACCUCUGACGGUGAAAAUUCAACCUCUCUGACAGCAUAUCUGGACCACCAACUUUCGCUUGAACAGGUCAAGAGUUUCUGGAGUGGUGAUGAAGCGUCCUCUCGUAGAAGUACCAGCCUCUCUAGUGCAAGAACCGGUGAUGUUGAAGCGUCGCGUGAAGAAGAGACCGGAGAUGAAGCGGAACCGGUGCUAGGACUGUGGCCGACCGCGUCGUUGAUCAAUCAUAACUUCACGGCCCCGAAUGUGGCCCGCAGCUUCUGCAAGAUAAUUUCCAGCACCGGUAAAACUGAAAGCAGAACUUCUGAGGAUCCGCCACAUGAUCAGCCCGAGCUCCUCGAGAAGGUCAUCGUAGAGUACCGUUUGAUUCGCAAAGUUGGGAGGGGCGAAGAAAUUCUGGACAACUACCUCGACCUCAGUAGUCACUUCAAGAAGCGCCAGGAGAUCGAAGUGACGCAGCACCGGCUGCGCAAAAGCGGUUGCAAACCGGAUGCUUUGGAUCAUCCGAAGGCGGAGGAGUUUCAGGCGGCGUACACGGAACUUUCCGCCCCGUGCGGCGACGACCACUACGAGAAAAUCCAGAGCUGCUUCGGCCUGCUCGGGGUCAUGGCGGAACUGCAGGAUAUGGAAGAAGUAAAAGAAAAACAAAGCUCGUGCUGCGUCGCCGCGGAGCAGCAGCAGGCUGCAAAAUUUUCAGACGAAACCUCCGCAGCUAGCCCCGGCUCUUCCACGACUUGUUCGAGCCCGGAGAAAUUGUCUACUUCUUCUAAAGGACCGCUUUUGAAGGAGCAGUCAAGUACCAGCGACGAUGAACACGACGGAACUAAGUCAGACGGAGAUCAUCUUCAUGGAGAUGCGGAAGAAGAAGAGGAAACGCCUCAGAAGUUUUCUGACCCGGCGGGCUACUUUGUGUUUUUGGACUUCGCGAAAACGUUGUAUGCCGAAGGGUUCGCCGACGAGGCCGUGAACACCGCGUCACGUGCACUGGACGUUGUGCUGGGGCGGGAGCCAUACAGCUUCCACAGUUGCCAGGUGUUGUGCUGCAUCGCGAAAUGGUUGGAGGAGCAAGAUUAUCAAAUGCAAAAGUGUCUGGAUCUGGAGGGAUGUAACCUGUGAUGCGCAUUUCGGAACACACAAAAAUCUCUCAUGCAUAGGUAGCAAAAGCUGCUCACUUUCUGUCACCAAAAUGGGGGAUUUGUCAUGCGGGUUCGGCAUUGCGGAAGCUUCUCGAAACCUGUGAUGCUAGAGCUUCCAUGGCAGACCUCCUGUGUCAUGCAGAAACAGCAUGACUCUUCCAGACCCAGACACCUUUGCCUUUUAUAAAGAUGGUGGGUCCCCAGAUGCCAUCGCGAUGAAGAACCUGCGCGACGAGCACUUGAAGGUCGUUUUCGGACCUGGUGCACUGCUAUGAAAUGAUAAUGAAUGAUGUUGUAUCAGAUAACUUUUCUAGCAAAAAAAGUGGUGCUUUCACUGCAUUCAUUCGCGACAAACAUCAAAGCCGACAAUUUAUUAUUGUGACCCGGACGAUAAUUUUCAACUUCAACAAGAGAACUGGGAGAGCUUGUCCUUCG